AUGGCGCUCUUUUCGAAGCGUCUAACCUGCUUUUAUUGUGGGGGACGUUCCUCCAAACAUAUUCACGGCCCAACCGCCAAAUUUCAUUGUGAACAUUGCGAUGCCGAUAACUAUCUCGACCAGAAUGGCGAGAUAACUGAUCCUCCUACCGAAGCCACCAACCCACCUAACGCAUCGAAUGCGCGCUUUGAAUCGUCGGAAUUCUCCGAGACUGAUUUAUUUUGUUCCCGGUGUCUCCGCAACCAACACUUGUAUACCAGCUCUCUUGCAGCCUACUUCCCAGACGACGAUGAGACUGUGAAUACCGAGCAAACUUCGAAGUAUGAAAACUACCGCCGAGAACUUGAGGCCCGAUAUCCCCAAGUUUGUGAGAAAUGUGAACCUCGCGUCAAGCAACAAAUCCGGCAGGCCGGGUAUGAAGCCAAGGCGGAUAACCUUCGUCGCAUGAUGGACCGGAGUCGUGCAUCCAAAGCCGCACAGCGAGCUCGAGAGCAUAGCUGGCAGAGCUUGGUUGUAUACCUUGGUGCUCUGGGUUUUUGGGCUAGCAUUAUUGGCCAGCUUGCAUGGGAUAUUAUGGGUGCACUCACUGUGAACAUUCCAAUUCCUGACCUGUCUUUCGAUGAGCCCGUGUCAUUUAUGUCCUGUACAAACCAAAUAAUUGAGACCCGAGGAAUCCCACAGGGAUGCUCUUCUGAUCUAGCGCCUACAGCAGGUAUUGCCCUUGUGGUGGGGUGUCUUUCACUUUGGUGGAACCCUAAACUGCGCAUGAAGGUCCUUGGAAGAACUGGCAAAUUUUCUGGACUCGUUGAAUACUAUGAGGUGCAGCUCAUUUUCUUGGUGGCGCGAGGUGUAUUCUGGUCCCUUUUUAAAGACCCCUCUGCAAGUGGAAUUGACGCCGAGAAAGCUGUCGUUGGCCACAUCUUUAUGUUAAUUUUCACUGCCAUGUGUGUUUUGAUUUCUCGUCGUGUGAUCGACUACAAAAUUCGAGCUUUGGUGGACUGGUCCGACAACUCUUGGGAAAAAGCACCCAUGCGUAGUCCUACCACGUCUCCUCGACCGACAGGUCCCGAGCUGACGCCCAGAGGAAUUAAUCGAGAUGCCCGUGAACGAUUCCCACUCGAAAGGCUGGGCUCUUCUUCUCGCCCUGCCCCAACGCAACCUCCCGCUUUCCCCACUCCUCCUCCUGAAUCUGAUGACAUGGACUGGACUCCCUCUCGACCACAACAAAUUCAACCAACGGUUAGCGUUUAUCAGCGAGACAGACCGUCUGUUUUCGAUGGUCCAUCUCCGUUCUAUGGCAACCUCCCCGCAGCUCCUCAACCUCCCUCAUGGGGCCUUCGUACACGUCCAUCCAAUAGAUCUCCUGCACAAGUUGUGGAAGGUAACCCGUUCCACCGAAGCCCAAAUAAUUCGCAGACUCCGUGGUCCAAUAGGGUUGACAGCCCGGAACCAGUCUUCAAAGCACCGAGGUUUUUCCCUAAUAGUGACUAUCAAAAUGCAACUGGCUUGGAGACUAUGUUUGAUCAAGCCUUCAGCAUUGAACCAAAUAACGGGCCCCAAGCUGAACAGCCACCAACCGCGAAUCCUAAGCCUUCCAAGUCAUUCUACACUAAUAGUCGCCUGAAAUUUCAGAUCUUCCGAUUCUUCCUCCUUCUGGGUGCCAUUGGAGCUUGGACAUUUUCACAAAACCACAUGUUCCCGAUACCCGGCAACUACAUUGAAACACUAGCCCUCGGAAGCGCAAGCCUUAUCGCGGGUCUUGCUCUUCUUGACGUUGUCAAGAGACCCCUCGCCGACUGGAGCGGACUCGAAAUAUUAGUCAAUAUGACUGAACUCGGGGUGUCCGUCCAUCUCGGAGGAUACUUGCCUCAGGACUCUCUUGAAAGAGAAUACUUUGAUCGAUAUGGCAAACUGCUUCUUAUUUUCAUGGCCGUGCAAGAGAGCAUGGGCCUAUUAGCGUCUUAUCGGAACUUGAGGAUCUCUACCAUGUCACAAGAAGACCGACAGAGCAUGCAAUUGACUCGCCGACCUUCUCCGGUUGGGUCACCUCGGUACAGUGAACAUGAAUUUCCUGCACCAGUACAUUCUCCCACAGAGUCUACGACCACUUUAUCUCCUACCAACAGCCACUACCCAUCUGCACCGCCACUUUCCUUUGGAACCAGUGCUGGUUCAGCAAGUUUUUCGUCCGCACUACCUUCUGCAUCCAACUACCAGCUUUCCUCAUCUCAAAGCCUCCAAUCAUUCAACCCAAAAUCCAGUUACAACCCAACAUCCAGCUACAAUCCGUCACCCAGCUACAACCCACACAGUUUCACAAUGCAAUCGCUUAAAGAGGCCGAACCCUCUGACUAUGAGCAAGACUCAGAUGGCGAAACUGUAGCCACUACAGCUACGGCCUGGACCAAUGCCACCAACCAUAAUAUACGAUACGGACGGCGACCAAGCACGGCUUACACCAAUGAUCUUUCAUUCUCUCCUCGGCGAAAUGAACUUGGCCCUGGAAUCGGGGGUCUGAGUUUGGAUGACCGACCGACCACGCGUCGUUUGACACGAAGCCAGACCCAGCAAGGCCUGACAGGAAGAACACUUUCUUCUCGCACCUAUCGCUGA